UGUCGCUCCGGGGGCCGCGGCGGGCGGGGCUCCGGCGGGGCCCGGCCUAGUCCCCACCCCAGCCCGGCUCCCAGCCGCCCGCCCUCCCUCCCUCUCCCCGAUGCAGGGGGCCGAGCUCCGGGAUGGCGAGGCGGCGGCGGCGGCCGCUUCGUACCGCGUCCUGAGCCGCCUGCUCGGCUAUGGAGAGGCGGCCCCCGAGCCAGGCCCGCCGCCGCCGCCCCCGGGCCAUGGCCCCCCGCCGCCACCCUUCCUCGCGCGGCCCGGUCCGCGGGGCUCCCGGCCGCCGCAGCUGAUGGUGUUCCGCAACGUGGGUCGGCCGCCGGAGGAGGAGGACGCGGAGGCGGCCCCAGAGCCGGGACCCUCAGAACUGCUGUGUCCCCGGCACCGCUGUGCCCUGGACCCCAAGGCCCUGCCGCCGGGGUUGGCGCUCGAGCGGACCUGGGGACCGGCGGCUGGACUGGAGGCGCAGUUGGCGGCUCUGGGGCUCGGGCAGCCGGCGGGGCCGGGGGUCAAGACGGUCGGUGCGGGUUGCUGCCCGUGCCCGUGCCCCCCGCAGCCGCCCCCUCCGCAGCCCCAGCCCCCUGCUGCCGCCCCGCAGGCCGGGGAGGACCCCACGGAAACGAGCGACGCGCUGCUGGUCUUGGAGGGCUUGGAGUCGGAGGCCGAGAGCCUGGAGACGAACAGCUGCUCGGAAGAGGAGCUCAGCAGCCCGGGCCGCGGAGGAGGAGGGGGAGGCCGGCUUCUGCUGCAACCCCCGGGUCCUGAAUUGCCCCCGGUGCCCUUCCCGAUGCAGGACUUGGUCCCCCCAGGGCGCUUCAGUAGAGGGGAGCAGCAGCAACCGCCCCCGCCCCCGCCUCCUCCUGGGCCCCUCCGGCCACUCGCGGGCCCUUCUCGGAAGGGCUCCCUCAAAAUCCGUCUCAGUCGCCUCUUUCGCACGAAGAGCUGCAACGGCGGCUCCGGAGGUGGGGAUGGGGCCGGCAAGAGGCCUUCUGGAGAGCUGGCUGCUUCAGCUGCGAGCCUGACGGACAUGGGAGGCUCCUCGGGCCGGGAGCUGGACGCGGGGAGGAAACCCAGGUUGACAAGAACUCAAAGUGCCUUUUCUCCGGUCUCCUUCAGCCCGCUGUUCACAGGUGAAACUGUGUCGCUUGUGGACGUGGACAUCUCUCAGCGGGGCCUGACCUCUCCACACCCUCCAACUCCCCCCCCUCCUCCGAGAAGAAGCCUCAGCCUCCUAGAUGAUAUCAGUGGGACGCUGCCUACAUCUGUCCUUGUGGCUCCGAUGGGGUCUUCCCUGCAGUCUUUCCCCCUACCUCCGCCUCCUCCACCCCAUGCCCCAGACGCAUUUCCCCGGAUCGCUCCCAUCCGAGCAGCUGAAUCCCUGCACAGCCAGCCCCCCCAGCAUCUCCAGUGUCCCCUCUACCGGCCCGACUCAAGCAGCUUUGCAGCCAGCCUUCGAGAGUUGGAGAAGUGUGGUUGGUACUGGGGACCAAUGAACUGGGAAGAUGCAGAGAUGAAGCUGAAAGGGAAGCCAGAUGGCUCUUUCCUGGUACGAGAUAGCUCUGAUCCUCGUUAUAUCCUGAGCCUCAGUUUCCGGUCACAGGGUAUCACCCACCACACGAGAAUGGAGCACUACAGAGGAACUUUCAGCCUGUGGUGUCAUCCUAAAUUUGAGGAUCGCUGUCAAUCAGUGGUGGAGUUCAUUAAGAGAGCCAUCAUGCACUCCAAGAACGGGAAGUUUCUCUACUUCUUGAGAUCCAGGGUUCCGGGACUGCCUCCAACUCCAGUCCAGCUGCUCUAUCCGGUGUCUCGAUUCAGCAACGUCAAAUCCCUCCAGCACCUUUGCAGAUUCCGAAUCCGACAGCUCGUCCGGAUAGAUCACAUCCCGGAUCUCCCACUGCCUAAACCUCUGAUCUCUUAUAUCCGAAAGUUCUACUACUAUGAUCCUCAGGAAGAGGUGUACCUGUCUCUAAAGGAAGCGCAGCUCAUUUCCAAACAGAAGCAAGAGGCUGAACCCUCCACGUAGCGAGGGGCCCCCUGCUGGUCGCCACCAAGGGCAUUUGGUUGCCAAGCUCCAGUUUUGAAGAACCAAAUGAAGCUACCGUGGAGGGGAGUGAGGAAGAACGAGGGAACGGGAAGGGCGGAGACCCUCUGUGCAAGGACUUUGGCUCCCCUCACCGCUCUGGGGCUUGGAAGAAGCACACAACCACACUCUUUGAGCGGGGGCUCCGCCUCUUCGUGUCCAGCCCCUGUGCUAUCCUGGAACUGGACAAGCUCCUUGGAAAACUGGAAGAAGUCUCAACACUGUUCCUUUUUUAGAAGUUUUGUUUUGGGUAUUUGCAUUUCUCCGUAUGGAAAACUUCCUUUAAAGGCAGCUGGGGUUUGUGCCCCAUUGGGCUGGAAGUGGCACCAAGGGCGAGACAGGUCCAUGGGAGGGGAGAGGAGGAGGGAUUGCCAGUGACGGUCAUUCAGCUGGUGCCAAAGGCAGAGUGCGCGCGUUCACCAUUGACCUUGAAGAAGGAGAGAGGAGGAGUCAGAAGUGUAAAUCAAGUGGGGAGUUUCUGAGAGAUGAGAAUCUGCCUCUCUUUAAGCAUGGGUAGCCUCAGUAGCAGCAGGAAAGAAAGGAGGGUGGGUGGUCUCGAACAGAAGACUGCUGAACAAAAACCAGCAAAGGGCCCGCCCCUGCUGGGGAAAGUAGUGGCUCCUCACAUCCUUUCCUUCUAAGGUUUUAAACGUGAUUUCAGCAUCACCUCUCAUAGAAGCUGUGCUAGUUUUGUCUUAUGGAAUUCCUAAGUUCUGUGACCU